AUGCAUCUCAUGAAUCUCCUGCUCGCGUGCGUCUUCGCCCUGUGCGUCAUUGCCGCACCCGCGGACUUCAAGCUGCACUCUGCGCUCACCAUUCCCGUCCCCGGCUCUGCAACCUACGACGCCGACCUCGCUGCUGCUGUCGCGUACGCCCGGUCCCACUCCACUUCCUCCGUCCAGACCGCCGCCGAUGGCCCAAAGAACAAGCUCUGCGGCCAGUACACUACCACUCCCGACUCCAAACCCUUCUACACUGAGUUGCGCACAGACGGGACCAAUGUGUGUACCAACAUGAACCCGGGCUAUACUAUGGCGAUUGUUGGCAACUAUUUCUGCGGUUUUUGCAUGUACUUUGACAAAGAUGGAUGCCAGGGCGCUCUCGUCUGGAACAAAGGACCGGAAUACAAUCAGUGGCAACUUGUUCCGCGUACCAAGAGCUACAUCUGUUUCGAUUGA